AUGCUGCCGCCGGCUUUAGGAGCAAGCGUUCCCAGCCGCAAGCAUGCUGCCACCUCCUUUAACGCAUAUAGAGGUGAAUGGCUGUCUCCCCGGACGCCGCGCGGCGUCCACAACGACGACGACGGCCUGCCCCUGUCCGAUGAGAUCCUCCUCGUCGUCUUUGCCGGUUCCCUCAGCACGGCCGACCUCGUCCGCUGCGCCUCCACUUGCAGGCGGUGGCGCCGCCUCGUGUCGAGCGAGGCCGACUUCAUCUGCCGCUCCGCGCCGCUGUCGGAGGAACGCCAUGCCAGCGGCCUUGCUGUCGGGUUCUUCCACCAGGGGAAGGGGGAGAAAGGCGCAUGCACCGCCCCGCGGUUCGUCCCCUUGGGAUCGCGCUUCCGGGGCGCCUCAUUGGACGCUCUCUUCGACCGCGAACCGUUCAGGUCGUCCCGCCUCGUGGCGUCUCGGAAAGGCCGCCUCGUCCUCGAACUCCAUCGCCUGUCACGCGCCGCUGUCCUCAGGCUCGCCGUGUGCAACCCGAUGACCGGGGACGUGUCCGUCCUCCCGACCCUCUCCGGCAAGGAUAAGCCCGGUCACUAUGCUUGUGUGCUGCUCACCACGGACGACCUCGACGCCCACGCUGCAGACCGGCUGCGCUCAGGAUCCGACUUCCGCCUGCUCGUCGUCUACAGCCGCCGCAACUUUACUGCAUGCCGGUCCUACUCGUCCGACACCAGUAUCUGGGGACCGGAAGGCAAGGUGUCCGGUGCCAAGAUCACCAGCAGGCGCCUCGGGCACAUGCACACGAACACCGCCGUGGCCGUCCGCGGCGCCGUAUUCUGGCUGACCAAGCGCGAGGUGGUUGGUCUCCGUGUCGACACUCUGGAGGCGACGCUCGAGCCCCUUCCUUGGGAUUAUAGCCCGUGCUUCUGCAAUGGCCGAAUCCUGGAGAACCGGCUGCUCGCCGCCUCACCGGACCGGAAGCUGUGCGCGGUGGAGGCCGCUGGAGUAGCUUGCACGCAGAACAACAUCACGGUACGAAUCUUGUUUCCAAGCCACAACGGCGGCGGCAGCGCGCUGUUCAGGAGCAAAUGCUGGAAGGAAGAACGGAAAAUGGUUGUCCAGCUGGAGCCGCCACUGCCCGGCCAGACAACGGUCUGCCUGCAGGGAGUCUGCGAGAAAAGUGGGGUUGUCUUCUUCGCUGCUGGCGAUCGGCGGGAGCUGCUGUACGCGCUGGACAUGGAGAAGAAGGAGGCACGGCUGAUCCUGGUGUCCGUCCCGUAUGGCCGCUGGUGCCCCUCCACGUUGUUGGGGGGUUUCCAUGCGUACGAGAUGGACAGGGUGGCCUACCUGACCUCGCUUGGCUAG